UGCGCCGGCCGCCUGCGAGAUCGAGCGCCUGCCGGAGGACCUCCUGAUGCACGUGAUAUCGCUCACGUCGCCGGCGGACGCCUUCCAUGCCACCGCCGUGUCCCGGGCCUUCCACGCCGCAGCCGACUCAGACACCGUCUGGUCCCACCUCCUGCCGUGCGACCUCCCGCAGUUCGGCAAGAGGGAGCUCCCCCGCAAGCCGCCGUCGGCCAAGAAAGGGAUGUUCCGGCGCCUCUCCGACGAACCAGCCCUCCUCCCGGGCAAGUAUGUGGUACGUGCGUACUCCUCGCAUGCGAUUCUUCAGCUCGACUAGCUUGCCGCCUUGAAUACCUUUUUUUGUGUGUGUUCCUACGUACGCACGUUGCAGCGCAUGCAGCUGGACAAGGCCACCGGCGCCAAGUGCUUCACGUUUUCGGCCAGCGCGCUACAAAUCACCCAAGCUAAUGAUGCACACACGCCCUUGAUACGUGUAGGUUCAGUGCCGGGCUACAGCAAAAGAGGCAAAAGGUUCUCACAAGCAGCUGAAAUCGGCCAUGUUAAUAUACUCGAGAUAUGUGCCAAGAUACAGAGAAGCAUGCUCUCUCAAAACACAACCUAUGUGGCAUACAUGGUGUUCAAGCUAGGACCCAGAUUUUACAGCUUCAAUUUCCCGUUUCAAGAAGCCUCAUUUGGUGUUGUUGGGAGCCGGUCGAUCCAGCAGGUUUGCCUGCAAGGCUAUGUCAAGGACGGUGAUGGAGCCGAUGUUCCACCUCGGAAACACAUUGUGCCAAGUUCUUAUAGUAUAUAUAAUCAUGACGCGGUUCCUCCUCAAAAGAACGUUGUUUUCCCACGUAAGAAAGCCGAUGGUUGGAUGGAGGUGGAGCUUGGUGAGUUCCAUAAUGAGGGAGGUGACGGUAAGGUCUCCAUCAGCUUGACCGAGACAACAAAACCCAAGAGUGGCCUUAUUGUCUGGGGCAUUGUGAUAAGAAGUAAGCAACAAAGAAAAAAAAAGUAAGCAAAAAUAGUCCAUGUAGGAGCUAGAAAGGAGAAUUUAUUGGACAACUUUUUGUUACAUAGAAUGAGGCCAAAACUCUAAGGCUACAUGUGGUCUUAUUUCCCUAUUUCCUUCAAAAUUUUAUUCUGAAUGUAGUCAAAUGUAUUUUUUAUAGGAAAUAAGUAGGAGAUAAAGAGCUAUGCCUUUAUGAGUUCGGUUAUA